CCGGCUGUGGGUUAACCGGGGCUCGCGUAUAGAUAUGUUUAGGUGUAUACAUUUCUACAAAUUUGGCGUACCGAAACCACGACGAAAAAAACUAGCUUGUGGGGCUAACAAAGCUAGCCUGCUAGGUUAUGUUAACCAGGCAAGUGCUUGGUUGAGUUAGCAUCAUGCUGUGUCUGGAAGGAACCGAUAAUGAAUGAGACUACACUUCAAAGAUACACAUACUUCAUAAGACCUCAUUGAACAUGGUGAAAAGUUUCCGGGUCUCAGACCUACAGACGCUGCUGGCCUCAAUGGGUCGCAGCAAAAGUGGUCUGAAGCAGGACCUUGUGGGGCGUGCGCUGAGGCUAGUGCAGACCGAGUACAGUCCGGAGCUCUUGAAGAAUGUCCGGCAGCUUUACGAGUCGCGUUUCCCCAAAUCAGCUGCUUGGCUGCCGGCGCGACGUCCAGAGGGCGUCCCAGUGGCGUACUCCUCCCUCAGCUCCUCCCCGUCAUUGACCUCACAGGGCGCAGACUACCUCAACGGGAUUUCCAAACCGCUCCAUGCACCUGCAGCAGAGGUCAGGCUGGUCCCUCUGCCCUUCUACCAAACCUUAGAGACACUUCUGCCACCAACAGAGCUAAUUGCCCACAACAGUGAGAAAUUACAGGACAGUCAGUGCAUCUUUGAGUUAACACCAAGCCAAGCAGACCAGAUCCGAAAUGCAAGUGAGCUUCGUCCAGGGAUCCGAUCAGUCCAAGUGGUCCUCAGAAUCUGUUACUCAGACCCUAUCGGUGUUCAGGAGGACCAGUAUCCCCCCAACAUUGCUGUCAAAGUCAACCAGUCCUACUGUCAUGUGCCCGGAUAUUACCCCUCUAACAAGCCUGGAGUUGAACCUCGUCGUCCUUGUCGUCCCAUAAAUAUCACUCCCUGGUUGCAUCUCUCAAGCGUCCCCAACAGAGCCGCCAUCACCUGGGGGAACUUUGGCAAGCGUUACUCUGUGGCGGUGUAUUUGGUGAGGGUCUUCACAGCAGCAGACCUUUUCAACCGGCUGAAGCUGUGCUCGGUCGAGAGCGCAGAGCGCUGUCGUGAACGCAUCCAAGAUAAGCUUCGCUUUGAUCCAGAGAGUGAAAUUGCAACCACAGGCCUCAGAGUUUCUUUAAUCUGUCCACUGGUGAAGAUGCGGCUCGGUGUGCCAUGCCGAGUUUUAACCUGCGCCCACCUUCAGUGUUUCGACGCAGUUUUCUUCCUGCAGAUGAAUGAGAAGAAGCCUACAUGGACCUGCCCCGUGUGCGACAAGCCAGCUCCAUUUGAACUGCUCACAAUCGAUGGGUUAUUAUCCGAGAUUCUCAAAGAGACGAGUGAGGACAUCGAGGAGAUAGAGUACCUAACAGACGGUUCCUGGCGACCAAUCAGAGAUGACAAGGAGAAGGACAGGGAAAGGGAACGAAGCAACACACCAGAGUACCCUGUUGUUGAUAUAUGCAUUCCUGAAGCAAACGGACAUUCGCCGGCCCACAGCAGCACCAGUCUGUCCGGUAGGUCCGGAAGCGGUUCUGUGGGGAUGUCUGGGGUCACAGGAGGACCUGCAGCGGCGCCGGGAGGAGGGGUAGUGGUAGAUCUGACUCUGGACUCCUCCUCAGAGGAGGAAGGGGGCGGGGCUGGAGGGGACAGUGAUGACACAGAGGACAGCGCCGACAGUCCCGCCCCCAAAAGGGGCCGAUACAACUACGACAAGGACCUGGUCACAGCAUACUGACCCCGCAGCUCUGUCCCUCCUCACAGACUGGCACACGGAGACACAGAUGGCAGGAAGGGGGCUUAAAAUUUUGAGGACAGGAACACAGUAACCCUCUAGAUGCAACGGCUCUCUCUGAUCCCAGAGCAUCGGAGCCUUUUAGCAGCUCUAGUUUGAUUUCAGACAAAACAAAAAACUCAAACAUGUCUGUCAGUGACUGUGAGCAGGAGUCCUCUUUGUUCUGCACAUCUCUGAAGGCAGCUCUGUUUGCCAUGGCACCACCUUGCAGUGAGCAUCUGUGCCGUCCUAGAAACACUGACUGGAUUGAGCACCAACCUCCACCUCAGUCGUUUUUCCCCCUCUCUUUUUAGACUCCUCCUUUCUCACCAUCUCUUUGUAUAGACUCGAACUUACUGGCUCCUUUAACUGUGGGCGUUCAGUGUUUGCAUCUGGUUUUUGUCACAUUGUUUAGGAACUUGCAGUUUGAAAACAGAGGCUUCUCAGUAGCUUUUGGAUGAAAGGGGAGAAAAAAAAAACAAAAUAAGGCAUGAAAAUUUUGAAGUACAAAGAAAAAAAAUACUUUACAAACCCUGGGAAUCUUUGAUGGAUUGAUUUGAAACCUUGAGUUUUCAUUAGUUUUGGACACCUCGUCGGCUUUCAAUAGUUAUUUUGUCCUAAAGAGAACCUACCUCAGUCAUUAAACACUUAGCAGACUGGCCAGGAAGUUGGUUUGAAAGAAGUGGAUGUUUGAGAGUUUCUAAAUCCAAUUUUACACUGGAGAUCUUUUUUUCUUGCCUUAAGAGUUUAUUUCCUUUGCUCCAUGCAGACCUGUUCCCUCGGCAGCAACAAUGAAGCCCACUUGAUAGCAGGUUAAUGGUGGUUAUAAACCAAGCUAAGAUUUGUAAGAGAAAUAAUGCUGCUCUGCAAAAACAAAUGGCUAAUAUUAAGAAUUUGUUAAAUAUGUUUGGGUAUUACAAAUUAUACAUCAAAAUGACUGUACUGGUACUGUUCCAAAGCAGAAACAGUCGCUGGUUAUGGGCUUUUGAUGCCUUUCUGUUGUUUUUUUUAAGUGGCAGAGAUUUGUUCCCCUUAUUUUUUAUGGCCAUUAGAGGAAGUCAGAAGGCCAGAGCUCAGUUUGGUGUUUUAUUGGAUUCAUGCUGAAAGUUUUACAUCAGAAAAAGUAACAGGACGGGGUGUUGAAGUGCUGAUAACCUUUGGGCUUGGAUUGGAAUUAUUUAUUUGAGUUUUAUUUUUUAUUUGUUUUACAGUUACUGGUUAGUUGCAUAACAUUUAGCUUGAGCUUUUGCUGUUACUUGCAGCGGCAUCUGCACUUGCAGGGGUUUUGCUGUUUGCAACCAAUACCUUCAGGGUUGGUGGCUCUACUUCUUUAGAUGAAGAACGCUAGCUGGAUCAAAGCUUCACCUCCCUGAUCUGGACACAGAGGAUCCUGUUUGAAUCGGACAGCUGCUUCCUCCUGCCCCACCCCUCUCUCUCAGGCUGUUAUCCUACAUGAGGUUGUAACUAUUAGCUGGAGUAUAAUCAGACCUUAUUUGCUGCAUUCUCAAGACUCCGAGUCUGCACUAGUGUAAAUAUUUGAUGCCUGCCUCCCAGAUAAAGACACUCGGUCUAGAUAUGCAGGCUGCCGAUUUAUUUCAUGUGUAAAAAAGUGUUACUAGAGAUCUGCUUUCAUGUAAUACUUUGAAAUCUUUUUUUUGUUUAAAAGACUCUUGUGUAGCGAGUAUUAAACAGAGACUUUCAAACCAGUCCUCCUAUAAUAUUACUCUAGGAAUCAGAAAAGGAGUCUGCAAGAGCAGCAGUCCUGCUUCGCUUUGUGGCGGUUCUGUUCGGUCCAGUUCUGCAGGGUGUGCUUUCCUUUAGUUUCAGUUUAAACAGAUUGAUCUUUUGGUUUUCUUUUUGCCUUGUUCAGAUGCACUGCAUUUACACAAUGAUUUGGGGCCUCCGAAGCUGGUGCAUCCUCUGAGCAGAUGACUUGAGAACCUAAUUAAUUCAGAUCUUGUCUUCCAUUUUUCCCUCCUAACCUUAACUGCAUGGGACAUGGAUAUCAUGGAUUAAUAUUUUGGUAAUCCACCCAAAACCGAUGGCCACUUUGCCUGUAAAACUGAACAUGGUGUUCCAUGAAAGGGGCUUUGAAGCAUAAUGGAGAGCUCUCAUACUGGUCUUUAACUUGGAAAUUGUAAUUUAUCCACACCUAAAAAUGAGCUUUGUUUUGGGUUGUUUUUUUUUGGGGGGGUUUUUUUGUGAGGGGGAUCUCUGACUUCUCGUGGGCUUAUGGUAAAAGACGAGGUGGUGUGGGUUGCUACUGUGGAACUGAGCCACUAAGUGUUUGCAUUUAGUUUGAAAGCUAGAGACGGCUGAGGCUCUGUUCUCUGUAGUGGCAUCUAUGCUUCAUAUAAAAAUUCAUAAGAUAGCACGGCAGAGGCUUACAAUCCAUGAUGUAAUUUUUUUUUUUAUAUGUUCCUAUUAAGACAAUAAAAUUAAAUAAUAUUUUAUUAAGCCUUGAAUUGCCUUGAGUUCUUCUAGGCAAGUAGACAAUAAGAAGCUGUUGAGUGCAGCGCCACUGGACUCCUAAUGCCGCUGAGCACCGAGAAGACCGGCUAAGGUGGGUUUUUUUCUCUGUACCAAAUGCACAGAUGUGGGGACACGUUUGUUGCCUGUCAAGGAUGAAACUGUAAAAUUGGAAACGGUCGUAUUCUAACAGCUGUUAUUGAUGUGUUGAAUUAAUUAAAAUCAGUUCUUAAGAAA